AUGCAUAUGUUAAACCUUGCGAUUCAAGCGAGCAUAGAAGCCAACUUGUUGUACACAAAACGCGGGAACCUCCCACCUCGCCCAGUGUUAGCCCUUCCAGUUCUAGGCCACUUCUACCUCCUGAAACAACCACUUCAUAGAACUCUACAAAAGCUUACAGAGAAACAUGGCCCAAUAUUCUCCCUCAGAUUUGGGACCCGUCUUGUUACUAUUGUGUCAUCAUCAUCUGCGGCGGAGGAAUGCUUCACCAAGAACGACGUCGUCCUCGCUGACCGCCCUCGUUUCCAAAUAGGCAUGGGCUAUAACUACACCGCGGUGGUUGGCGCCCCCUACGGCGAUCACUGGCGCAACCUCCGCCGCCUCAGUGCACAAGAAAUUUUCUCCCCUAGUCGUCUCAACAUGUUUUUAUCCAUUCGACAAGACGGAGUUAAGCGUUUGCUGCGUAGCCUUUGUUUAAAAUCAGAGAGGGUAUGCGAAGGAAAGCGAUACUUUGGGGAAGACGAAGGCGAUGAAGAGGCAAAGCGUUUUCGUGAGAUCAUGGAGGAGGCAAUGUUGUUGGGUUUUGAGAAGAAAUUUGUGAGGCUUGGAAAGAACAUGGAUGAAUUUCUACAAGGCCUAAUUGAGGAACACAGGCGAGAUCAUUCUAGAAAUGCCAUGAUCAGUCAUUUGCUUUCUCUGCAACAAUCGGAGCCAGAAUACUACGCGGAUCAGAUUAUCAAAGGGCUUAUUAUGUAUGAUUCAAGCAAGAAUGGAAGGAACCUGGUUAUACACAACUCUCUCUGUUGUCCUCUUCGUUUUGGCUUUCAAGUUUUUAUUCACAAAUCGCCGGUGGAACCUCCCGCCGAGCCCGGUACCGGCCCUUCCGGUUAUAGGUCACCUCUAUCUUGUGAAAAACCUCUUCAUCGAACCCUAGGAAAGCUUGCAGAGCAACAUGGCUCUAUCUUUUCCCUCAGAUUUGGGACUCGCCUGGUUGUCGUUGUGUCAUCAUCGUCUGUAGCAGAGGAAUGUUUCACCAAGAACGACGUCGUUCUGGCCAACCGACCUUUGCUCCUCUCAGGCAAGUACAUAGGUUACGACUAUACCAACAUGGACGGGUUUGCGGUGGUCAAUUUGAGAUCGAGAAUUUCCGAGCUAUCCUUCAAUGUGAUUAUGAGGAUGGCUGCAGGAAAGCGGUACUUCGGUGAAGACGAGUGCAAUGAAGAGGCAAUACAUUUUCGAGAGCUCACAAAGGAGGUGUUUCUACGUGGUGGGGCGUCGAAUCCCGGAGAUUUCUUGCCCAUUUUCCGCUGGAUUGAUUACCAAGGAUUAGAGAAGAAUUUGGCAAGGCUUGGUAAGAAGAUGGAUGAGUUUUUUCAAGGUCUAAUUGAAGAGCACAGAAGAGAUAAUUCUAGAAAAACGAUGAUCAGUCAUUUGCUUUCUCUGCAAGGAUAA